GGAGGAAGAGGAGGAGGAGGAGGAGGAGAGGAGAGAGCGUGUCCGCUGCCCAAUGACGGCGCAGGAUGCUGAGAGAGGCUGCUCGGGUGAAUGGAGGCGACAAGAUGCCGUACAGAGCGGUGAAGGAGAGGAAUUAACAUCGAUAAAGGUCUCACGUUGAAGCGCUCCACCUAUUAAGGAAUGAAUUUCAUGCGUAGUUCAGAGAGCAUUCUCAUUUCAGCGUGCCUCUGUUAAGGACCCUCUGGUGGCUACUUGCCGAUCCGCGGGACAUGUACGGCAGUGCCAGAGCUGUAGGCCAUAUAGAGAGCAGCCCCGCACGGUCCCCGCGCCUGCCAAGGUCCCCCAGAUUGGGCCACCGGAGGGCCAACAGCGGGGGCGGGGGUGGUGCGGGGGGCAAGACGCUCUCCAUGGAGAACAUCCAGUCUCUCAACGCUGCCUAUGCCACGUCUGGGCCCAUGUACCUGAGCGACCACGAGGGCGUGGGCUCCACUGCCACUUAUCCCAGAGGCACUAUGACUCUGGGCCGCUCCACCAGCAGGGCCAUGUACGGAGGCCGCGUCACAGCCAUGGGCAGCAGUCCCAACAUUGCUUCAGUGGGACUGCCCCACGCUGACCUUCUGUCUUACAGUGACCUGGGUUCCCUCUCCAUGCUGCACCACCACCACCACCAGGGGGUGCCCUCCGCCCUGCUGAGGCAGGCGGUGCGUGGCAGUGGGGGGGAGCUGCUGGAGAUGCAGGCCCAGUUCAGGGAUAUGCAGAGGGAGAAUGAGAUUCUGCGCAGGGAGCUUGACCUGAAGGACAGUAAGUUAGGAUCUUCCACCAACAGCAUCAAGAGCUUCUGGAGUCCUGAGCUGAAGAAGGAGAGGAUAAUGAGGAAAGAAGAGGCAGCACGCACAUCGAUCCUGAAGGAGCAGAUGAGAGUCACUCAUGAGGAGAACCAGCUGCUGGACGCCCGGAGAACCAAGCAUCUCCAGAUGACCAUCCAGGCUCUCCAGGAUGAGCUGCGCACACAGCGGGACCUGAACCACCUGCUGCAGCAGGAGAGCGGCAACCGCUCCGCCUCCGAGCACUUCACCACCAUCGAGCUGACGGAGGAGAACUUCCGCCGGCUGCAGGCCGAACACGACCGGCAGGCCAAGGAGCUCUUUCUGCUCAGAAAGACGCUGGAGGAGAUGGAGCUGAGGAUCGAGACCCAGAAACAAACGCUGGGCGCCAGAGACGAGUCCAUCAAGAAGCUGCUGGAGAUGCUGCAGAGUAAAGGGCUGCCCUCAGGACCGGGCAGAGCGUCUGAAGAGGAAGAGCAGGAGAGAGCCAGGCGGAUCGCUGAGGCGGAAGCCCAGCUGGGACACCUGGAGGUCAUCCUGGACCAAAAGGAGAAAGAGAACAUCCAUCUUCGAGAGGAACUGCACAGAAGAAAUCAGCUGCACCAAGAUCCAAGCAAAACCAAGGCCCUGCAGACCAUCAUAGAAAUGAAAGACACCAAAAUCGCCUCUCUGGAGCGCAACAUCCGAGACCUGGAGGAUGAGAUCCAAAUGCUGAAAGCCAACGGCUUAUUGAACUCAGAAGACAGAGAGGAGGAGAUCAAGCAGAUGGAGGUCUACAAGAACCACUCCAAGUUCAUGAAAACAAAGAUCGAUCAGCUGAAGCAGGAGCUGUCGAAGAAGGAGUCGGAGCUGCUGGCUCUGCAGACCAAACUCGAAACCCUCAACAACCAGAACUCGGACUGCAAACAGCAUAUCGAGGUGCUCAAAGAGUCGCUCACUGCCAAGGAGCAACGUGCUGCCAUCCUACAAACAGAGGUGGAUGCUCUACGUCUGCGGCUGGAGGAGAAGGAGUCCUUCCUGAACAAGAAGACCAAGCAGCUGCAGGACCUGACGGAGGAGAAGGGCACUCUCGCUGGAGAAAUCAGGGACAUGAAGGACAUGUUGGAGGUGAAAGAAAGGAAGAUCAAUGUCCUGCAGAAGAAGAUUGAGAACCUGCAGGAGCAGCUGCGGGACAAAGACAAACAGCUGGGUAACUUGAAGGACAGAGUCAAGUCUCUGCAGACCGACUCCAGUAACACAGACACUGCCCUGGCCACCCUGGAGGAGGCGCUGUCAGAGAAGGAGAGGAUUAUCGAGCGUUUAAAGGACCAAAGGGAGAGAGAAGACAGAGAGCGUCUGGAGGAAGUGGACUCUUACAAGAAGGAGAACAAAGAUCUGAAGGAGAAAGUCAACAGUCUCCAGAUAGAGUUAACAGAGAAAGAGUCCAGUCUCAUAGAUCUGAAGGAACACGCGUCGUCGCUCGCGUCUUCCGGCCUCAAGAAGGAUUCAAAGCUCAAAUCGCUGGAGAUCGCCAUUGAGCAGAAAAAAGAGGAGUGUAGUAAGUUGGAGACGCAGUUGCAGAAGCAAGCUGAGCAGCUAUUCAGUCACAUGAACAAUCCUAAAGCCCACGAGGUGGAGCAGCAGUCGGGCUCAAGAGGGAACCCGGAGUACGUGGACCGAGUGAAGCUGCUGGAGAAGGAGGUGAGCUACUACAAGGACGAGGUCAACAAGGCUCAGACGGAGGUGGAGAGGCUCCUGGACAUCCUGCGCGAGGUGGAGACGGAAAAGAACGACAAGGACAAGAAGAUCGCCGAGCUGGAGAGUCUAGCUCCCAGACAAGGAGGGAAAGAGCAAGUUAAGAAGGGAGCAAACAUGAAACUGGGACCACAAGGGGACAAGAAAGGUUUAGGACAGGACCUUCGUAAGGACGGCUCCAUGGAUGGCGGCCACCACUCAAAGCUGGAGGAUAUGAUGAGCACACUCGAGAGGACGAGGCAGGAGCUGGACGCCACCAAGCAGCGUCUUUCCUCCACACAGCAGUCUCUGCAGGAGAGGGACACCCACCUCACCAACAUGAGACAGGAGCGCAGGAAACAACUGGAGGAGAUCCUGGAGAUGAAACAACAGGCUCUGUUAGCAGCCAUCAGUGAGAAAGAUGCUAAUAUUGCACUGCUGGAACUAUCUGCCUCUAAUAAAAAGAAGACCCAGGAGGAGGUGCUGUCCCUCAAGAGAGAGCGGGACAAACUGAUGCACCAGCUCAAACAACAUACACAAAGCAGAAUGAAGCUGAUCGCCGACAACUAUGAAGAUGAACAAUAUCACCCACACGGUCCUCACCAUCCCCAGCCUCAGCCCCCACACGCCCCGCAGCAGCCCCAGCCCCAGUACCCCCACCCUCCCCAUGCCCAACAGACUCCAUAUCCACACGCACCACACGCACCACAUCCACAGCACCUGCAGCAUCCACCCACCUCCCAACUUCACCCUCACACGCAGCAGGCGCAACCACAGUAUCCUCACCCUCCUCACCCCCAGCAACACCCUCAGCACCCACAACAGGCCGCAACCGCAUUCAACAAGCACCAACAGCACCCACGGCCCCCGCAGCCCCAACACCCCCACCAACAGCACCCCCAGCACCCAGCGCAGCACCCACACGGACACGCCCCCCAGCAGCAUCCUCACCCGCAGCACCCGCACGGUCCUCCCCAACAAGGACCGCACCCUCAGCAUCCGCACCCUCAGCACCCGCACCCUCAGCACCCGCAGCACCAACAGCAUCCGCAGCACCCGCACCACGCCCAGCACCCACGCCACCCGUCACCCCAUCACCGCGGAGGGCCAACCCGAGGACCCCAACAUGCUGGUCACCGUCCUGCUCCAGACCAGGACGACGAGGAGGGCAUAUGGGCAUAAUCCUUGCUGUGACAACCAAAGCUGUAGUGUUUUUGUUUUUUUUUAAGGAUGAUUCGGUCACUACUGGAGGAGCACAGCCACGCUAUGAUGUUGAAACACUACCCAACCAAUCAUUU